AUGGGUGUUCCGUCGUUUUUCAGAUGGCUUUCGCGUAAGUACCCUAAAAUUAUCUCACCCGUUUUAGAGGAGGCGCCUCAAAUCGUAGAUGGAGUAGCGCUACCGGUAGACUAUGCCGCUCCAAACCCCAAUGGGGAGUUGGAAAACCUAUAUUUGGACAUGAACGGUAUUGUACACCCAUGUUCGCAUCCAGAAAAUAGACCACCUCCAGAGACGGAGGAUGAAAUGCUUUUGGCUGUUUUUGAAUACACCAACCGGGUCCUGAACAUGGCCAGACCAAGAAAAGUUUUGAUGAUUGCCGUGGAUGGGGUUGCUCCAAGAGCCAAAAUGAACCAGCAGCGUGCUCGUCGUUUCAGAAGUGCUAGGGAUGCUCAGAUUCAAAACGAAGAGCGCGAAAGACUGAUGUUGGAGCGCGAAGAUCUCGGAGAGAUCAUUGACGAUAGCAUUAGAAACAAAAAAACAUGGGACACCAACGCUAUCACGCCUGGAACACCAUUCAUGGACAAAUUAGCAGCGGCAUUGCGCUAUUGGACUAGUUUCAAACUCGCAACAGAUCCAGGUUGGAAAAACCUACAGGUCAUAAUCAGCGAUGCAACGGUCCCGGGAGAAGGAGAGCAUAAAAUCAUGAAUUUCAUCAGAUCCCAGCGGUCUGACCAACAAUACAACCCAAAUACAUCGCAUUGUAUCUAUGGACUGGAUGCAGACUUGAUCUUUCUGGGUCUAGCGACACAUGAGCCACAUUUCAAAAUUCUGAGAGAAGACGUUUUUGCUCAGGACAAUCGUCGCAGACAGCGAAUCCAAGAUACGAUGAACAUGACGGAAGAGGAGAAGGAAAGUCUUGCGCGUCAAGACUCUGAAAAGCCUUUCUUGUGGCUUCACAUCGGCGUCCUGAGAGAGUAUCUUUCUGUCGAGCUGUUCGUGCCUCGUUUGUCAUUUGAGUUCGACUUAGAGAGAGCAAUUGACGACUGGGUGUUCAUGUGUUUCUUCUGCGGUAACGAUUUCCUGCCUCACCUGCCGUCAUUGGACGUGAGAGAGAACAGUAUUGAUAUACUUGUCGAGAUAUGGAAGACUUUGCUACCUCGACUCAAGACGUACAUGACCUGCGAUGGGACACUGAAAUUAGAAUCCGUGGAACUGCUUUUGGAGCAACUAGGAAAUCGCGAACCAGAAAUGUUCAAAGGGAGAUAUCUUCAGGAAAUACGGAAACAAGAAGCCGUCAAAAGACGUAAACUUUUGAAGAGCAAUAACAAUGUAACACAGGGGAAAACAGAUAGGAAUUUCACCGUACCAUUAGAGAAUAUGCCUGUUUAUGACGUCACAGGAAAAGCUGCCGAUGGUUCGUUGAACUUGUCCAAUAGAGAUUUCGUAAAUCAUAGAAAGGAAAUGAACCUUGCAAAUGAGGGUGAUGCGAAUUCCUCAGCUGCAUUGAAAAUCGUCAGUGAACAGAAUAGCGGCUUAGGAAAACAGCACACUAAGGAAGAGAUCACGGCAGCAGUUGAAGUCGCCAAUGACGCCAACAUAUCCGCUGCUGCUGCGAUGAGGUUGAAGUUGCAAGCGAGAAAGGAGUCUCAGGACGUUCAGAACUCUGUUACAAAAAGUGAAGACUUGGGGAAAAUUGUCUCAGAGGGUGCUGAAGGUUCUACAAAGAGAGGCAUCGACGAUGUGGAAAAGGAUGCAUCUGAGACACCUAGUGUUGCUGAAGAGGACUCGCAAACGCCUUCAAAUAUUCAGGUAAUUCACACGGGGCUAGUAAAGAGUGGAGUGAUUGAUACUGAGGAAGAAGUGAGACUUUUCGAACCCGGGUAUCAUGACAGAUACUACACAGCAAAGUUUCAUGUUGAAGAUAAGGAUAUCGAUGCUUUACGGAAGGAAGUUGUAAGAAGUUACGUCGAGGGUAUUUCUUGGGUACUUCUGUAUUACUAUCAAGGGUGUGCUUCAUGGAACUGGUAUUAUCCUUACCAUUAUGCUCCCUUUGCAUCUGACUUCAAAAACAUUGGCGACUUGGAGAUAAGGUUCGAGAAGGGAGAGCCGUUUUUGCCAUUUGAGCAGUUGAUGAGUGUGUUGCCCGCCGCAUCUGGUCAUAACCUUCCACCAAUUUUUCGCACUUUGAUGAGCGAUCCAAACUCGGACAUCAUUGACUUCUAUCCUGUCGACUUCCCUGUUGACAUGAACGGGAAAAAAAUGUCUUGGCAAGGCAUUGCACUUUUGCCAUUCAUUGACGAAAAAAGACUACUGAAGGCUGUUCGCGAGCAAUAUGGUAGGUUAAGCGAUUACGAGAAGGUACGCAAUGUGCGGAAACAGGAAGUAUUGCUGAUAAGCAACAAGAACGUAAAUUACGAAAAGUUCAGUAAGAAGUUGUACGGUGCAACCGCAGUAGAAUUUAUCAAGUUCCAGCAUUUCAAAAGUGGUCUAGCGGGACUAGCGUUUGUGGAUAAAGAAGGGUUUGCAUUGAACAGCAAAUUGGUGAGCCCUGUGAUUGGCGGCGGACUUCCCGAUCUUAGUACCAACCUAUUUAUGAAAGUUGGAUACGAGAUGCCCGAGCUACCUAGUCCCAGCAAGUCCCUUCUUUUGAACGGGUUCAUUCCCUCACAGGCGAUGUUGACACCCCAGGAUCGAGACGCCGUUACGUACCGCUACAACCACAGAUGGAACGCCAUGGACAUGAAGCACAACAUCGUGCCUGUUGGGCCGUGUACUACCACGCAAUACCAACCACGCAUGGGAGGUUACAAGUCAUUCUUGUUUUUCCAGGAGACGCAUGCUAACAUGCGCGGACCAUCCAACUACGGCCAACCUUCCCAGCAGUCGAGGUACGGCGGUGCAAACGGUGGUGGACAACGCGGAUACAACAGUGGACCGCCACGACAUGGUAUGAAUCGCAAUACACCUCCUGUCAAUCCCUCGCGCUUUUCACGCUAUUCUGGUUCUUCACAGCCGGACCGUAAUGGCUCUCGCAGAGAAUGGCAGAGGUGA